AUGUCCCGGCAGUCUGUCUGCAGAAGCUUUGGGGGAGGGAGCAGAAGGGGCUACAGCUCUUGCUCUGCCAUCGGCGGUGGCUUUGGAGGAGGUGGUGGCAGAAGCAGGAGCAGCUACAGCUCGUUCUCUAUGUCCAGGGGAUAUGGAGGUGGUGGACGUUGUGGAGGCUUUGGCAGCAGGAGCCUCCAUAACAUGGGGAGCAGCGGAAGGAUUGCCAUAGGUGGAUGCUACAGCGGUGGAGGUUAUGGAGGCAGAAUGGGUGGCUUUGGUGGAGGCUAUGGAGGACUAGGCAGCUACGGAGGAGGAAUGGGAGGAGGAGGAAUGGGCUUUGGUGGAGGAAUGGGUGGUGGUGGCGGAAUGGGUGGCUUCGGUGGAGGGAUGGGUGGCUAUGGUGGAGGAAUGGGAGGUGGAGGAAUGGGUGGCUAUGGUGGCCCAAGCUUUGGCUUUGGUGGCCCUGGUAGAGGUGGCCCUGGCAUUCAGCCCGUGCAGGUCGACACAACCCUGCUACAGCCAGUCCAUGUUGAGAUCGACCCCCAAAUCCAGCAAGUGAAAAACCAGGAGAAGGAGCAGAUCAAGACUCUUAACAAUCAGUUUGCCUCCUUCAUUGACAAGGUGCGCUUCCUGGAGCAGCAAAACAAGGUUCUCUCCACCAAAUGGGAGCUCCUGCAGCAGCAAGGGCCCUCGGGACCCAGGAAGAACCUGGAUGUCAUCUUUGAAAACUACAUCCAGAACCUGAGGCGGCAGCUGGACUCUAUUCUGGCACAGAGGGGACAGCUGGAAUCUGAGCUGCAGAACAUGCAGCAAUACGUUGAGGAUUACAAAAACAAGUAUGAGGAAGAGAUCAACAGGCGCACAACAGCUGAGAACGAGUUUGUGGUGCUCAAGAAGGAUGUGGACACUGCCUACAUGGCCAAGGUGGAGUUGGAAGCCAAGGUGGGAGCUCUGACUGAUGAGAUCAACUUCUUGAGGGCCAUCUAUGAGGAGGAACUGUCUCAGAUGCAGACGAUCAGCCGGGACUUGUCUGUGGUGGUGUCGAUGGACAACAACCGGCACCUGGACAUGGACAGCAUCAUCGAGGAGGUCAGACGCCAGUAUGAGCAGAUUGCCCAGAGCAGCAGAGCUGAAGCUGAGGCUUGGUACCAGAGCCAGUAUGAACAACUGCAGAGCACAGCUGGGAUGCACGGGGACAGCCUGCGCAACACCAAGAUCGAGAUCCAGGAGCUGACCAGGAACGUCCAGCGGCUGCGGGCUGAGAUUGAGAACGUGAAGAAGCAGAACCAGCAGCUGCAGGCAGCUAUUGCUGAGGCUGAGGAGAGGGGUGAGAUGGCUCUGAAGGAUGCCAGGGUGAAAUUGGAAGAGCUGGAAACUGCUCUGAGCAAGGACAAGGAGGAGCUGGCUCGCCUGCUGAAGGAAUACCAGGAGCUGCUGAACAUCAAGAUUGCCCUGGAUGUGGAGAUUGCCAUGUACAGGAAGCUGCUGGAGGGAGAAGAGAACAGGCUGUGCAAUGACGGAAUGUCCAAUGUCAAUGUCUCUGUGAUAGGCAGGACCACCAUCUCUGGAGGAAGAGGAGGAAUGGGAGGAGGAUUUGGAGGCAGUGGAAUGGGAGGAGGAUUUGGAGGCAGCGGAAUAGGAGGAGGAUUUGGAGGCAGUGGAAUGGGAGGAGGAUUCGGAGGCAGCGGAAUGGGAGGAGGAAUGGGAUCUGGAGGUGGAUUUGGAGGUGGAAGCUCUGGCGGCAGCUGUGGAAUGGGAGGAGGAAUGUACAGCGGAGGCUUCUCCUCUGGAAGCGGAAGGAUUUGCGGCUCUGGGGGUGGCAACUUCAGCUCCAGUGGUGGGGGAUCCUCCUCCAUACGGAGAUGCGUCACAACCACCUCCGUCAAGUCUUCAGGAGUGAGGUUCUGA